CAAAUUCUUCUACACAUACAUUUUUACGCCGCCAUUUUUGAACCAAACACAAAAAUUUAUUUGUGAAAAAGUUUUUUUUUAAUAAUAUCAAAAGUACUAGAGAAAUCAGUCGACUAUUGUUGAUAUUAAGUUUAUUAUGUUAUUGUGAAGUUAUAUUUACAAAAUUUUAUCAACGAAACGUUUCAUUUUAAUUUGUUAACAUGGAUCAUAGCUCGUACAAAGAAAGAAGCUCAUUGCGUCGGGAUGACACUUCAUUGGGAAUUUUAAACAUGGACAGUUUGAAGGGUAGAGGAAAAUUUUUCGGUGAUUUAACAAGUGAUUCCUUUAAGAAUGCCAGUCACAGAAAUGGUUCAAAUGAAAGUGGCAGCAGGAUCAUUAAUGAUCGAUUAAAUAGUGAACGCAUGAAAGCUUUGGAAGCAUUACAAAAAUCUCAUAAAGGUGAUGUUUUUAAAAGGCCACUGCCAGUCAGUAACAAGGAAAACUCUAAAAGUGCCAUUAAUGUAUCAUCAAAUAAUCCAUCAAUGCAACUAGACCAUACUGAUUAUGUACCCUUUCGUCGUCCCAAUGCUAUCAAUAUAUCAGAUCUAGUAACGGAUGAAACUAUAAACCUGGAAAGUAGUUCGUCAUGUCCACCAUCAGCAUCUAAAGAUAUGAAAGUAUCAUUUGAACCUACAGAAAUAACAGGACGUUCUACUCUAUAUAAUAAGGACUUAAAAAAUUACAAAAAUAAAGCAAUGGGAGUAGGUGAUGGACAAAAAACAAAACAUAUGUCCGUUAGUGACAUUCUGGCUUCUUCAUUUGCUCCGAAGGCACGUAACCUUUGUGAAACUUUACAGAGUGGCGAUACUACCUUGGACACCACUAGUGAGCGUCAUUUACAAGGAAUAUCAACUGCUAGCAGUUCUUUCUCGAGUUUUAAUGGUUCCAGAAGCUUGCCACGUACCGCCGAUAUGUCCUUAUCAAAGAAUACAUGUACGGAGGAGUCAUUUAAUGGUGGUUUUGGUACAUUUUCGUUUAGUUCUACUGGUGCUGGCACCGGUGUGGAUGAAAGCGAAGAUUUUGCACCCGGAGAACUCAUGCAGUCAAAACUAAUCAAUGAUGAAAUAUCUUGGGCCCAAGAAUACGCAGCCAUACCAGCUGCCACCUUAAGUGAACAAGCUAAAGCAAAAGCCUCAAGGCAGUCAGCUAUUAUGACAAAUGGUUUUGACUCGCCCUCAAAUUCAAACUCCAUGAUUGCCGGUGAUCCUAACUUUUCAGUUGGAAAUUUUUUCAAUAUGCGAUCGGAUAACAUUUGGAAUAUUGUUAAAUCGAAAAGUCCAGAUAAAUGUCGUACGCCUGUAGCUUUGGUGGAUGAAGAUGAUAAUACUGUAACGACAACAACCACAUCAAGUGAUUUGGAGAGUUCAUCAAAAAUGUUGAUUACACCUAAAAUUGAUAAUAAAACUUAUACACGCGUUGGAACGCCAAUAGAAGCGAAAAUGUCUAUGCCAAGACAGAUGUCAAUUGCCAAUACAAACCAUGAAAGCAAGGAUUCUGGCAACUCAACAGAUAACUCUUAUUUGCUGAGCAUUUCGGCUAUUGAUAGGGCUCUAUGCAAUUUAGACAUUCCUUCAGAUGCUUCUGGCAUUGGAGUGUCUGAACAAUUACUAAUGCAAGGAAAAAAGUCAAAAUCAUGUAUGAAUCCAUAUAAUGAAACAGAAAGUAUGAAUCAAAAUAAUGCCGAAGCAAUGCGCAUAAAAGGUCGUUCUUUGGGAACUGAUAUUAAACUAAAUGGUAAUGACAAACUAAAUGUUAUGGAAGAAUUGAUUUUAGAAAAUAAAGAAAAUUUAGAUCCUGAAAGCAAACGUUCCUCAGGAGGAGGCACCUUAUGCGAUACCAUGAGUUUUAGUGAAUCGCUGCUCAAUUCAAGCGACAUGAAGAACUUACAGCGUAGCACUACACAACCACGUUCACCCUUAAGUCCAAUUGAAGUCGGUGCUCCUAAUAUACGAGUCAGUAGGGUGGCUGAUGGUGGAGAGGAAGCUGACAAUGAUGAAUGGCCUGGCACACCUAUAACUAGUAACCGACGCAUGCGUCGUACUAAAUCGCCCAGAGAUAAAAGUCCUUUGCAAAUUAGUGCAAAUGCCUUGCAAGAUUCACCUGAAGCAACAACUCCGGUUAAUUCGAGGCCCUCCCGUGCCUAUGCUUUAAAUAAUAAAAACAGAUCAGACAAGGAGCCAAAAUCCAUGUGUUCUACACGUCUCGAUGGACAAGAUCAUAAUACGAAUGCAGAUUUUGGUAUAUCGCCCAAUAUCUCUAAUGGUCACCACUCUGCCAGUUCUUUAGUAGUACGUAGUAAUACCUUAAGUGUUCCACAAUGCGUUUCCCCUAGAACAGCGAGUCCUGGACGUUUAGACAAUUCACCUUUGUCUUCACCACGCAGCUAUCAAAUGUCUCAAGUUCCAUCUCCUACGCCCAGCACUUUAGGAUUUCAAUCGCCUAAUCUUGACGCCACUUCAAAUUCCGAUCGUCAAUUGCUGAGUGCCGGCGUUGCUAGAAAAGUUGUAUCCUCUCCGGUGGGAAGUGAAUCCUCUAGUACUUGUAGCUAUGGCACCAUGCAAACGUAUCGAAGUGCCAUAUCUGGGGCCAGUGGUCGCAGUGUUUCGCGCUGCUCUAGCUCAAGUGAAUUUAGCCACCGCGACGGUAAACAAAUCCCUUUAAAAGUUACAAAUACUGAACUUUCAUGGGGAAGCAUAAAAUUACGCAGCGAUUCCCGUAAAUCAAUGCAAAUUAAGAAUAUUAUUAACAAACGUUUGGUUAUACGUAUUGAGGUUAGUGGUCCUGGUUUUCAAAUUGUCAAUUCUCAACGCAGUAACACCAUAACGUUGCACUCGCAAGAAUGUCGCAGUAUAAGCAUUAGUUUUUGUCCCACCGUGCGAGGAGUGGCUGUUGGAAAACUCUCGUUUUAUGCACCCAGUGGGGCUCAAACAAUGGGCAAUUCUUUUCUAGAUGUGCCUCUCUAUGGCUAUGGUGGCAAUGCCAGCAUAAUUGCUCAAAACAUCUCUAUGGGACCGGUGGGAUCUCCCUUUGUUACCAUGGGAGAUGUGUGUGAAUUGGCCCAGCCUUUAGAACGUAUGGUUAGCUUCUACAACAAAGGACCAUUGUUGGGAUUUGCUGCAGUGUCUAUAGACUCUAUUGGUCUCAUGAUGCCUCGCCUAAGCGAUGCUUUUGAAAUAUAUCCACGUCAAAUUUUAAUACCCCCCAAACAAAUGGUCGACGUGCGUAUUGUCUUUCGUCCUAAGCGCGAGGAAAUUAAAAAAAUAAUCAAAAAAAUGAGCAACGUAUUGACUUUGGCCAACAUGCGUGUGAUUUGUGGCGACGAGGCAAAUCGGCAGCGUAUACGACGUUUGUUAACGCAAAUGAGUGAAGAGGAACGUGCAAAGCUUUCUUCAAGUGCUUUAGACAUGUUGUGGACGAAAUUUCCUCAAGAAUCGGAAAUGUGUGAUUUACAUGAAAUCAAAGAAAAUCCCAAUGUAGCAAUGGAUAUGGCAUCGUUUUUCCGCAUACAUGAAAUCUUACUUACCAUAAACCAUGAUAAUAUGGAUGAUACGGUAGAAGCGUCUUCACUAUUUUUGCCAGACGUGGAUGAGACCGUUCUGUUUCGCACAAUAUGUGCUGCUGCCGAUUCGCCAACACCAACCUCCGCCCUGGGCACUGUAGAUGAAAUUUACGAUGAGGAUAUUGAUGUUAAUGUUAAGUCUUGUCAAAAUGCUACAAAGUCUAACAAGCUGGGGGGUACCUGGUCGGUAAAUCCUCGCACUCUGGAAAUAAAUGUAAACAAUCAAACCUCUACUACUCUACGUGUCUAUAAUGGUUUCAAAUCGCGGCAAUUCUUUGAGGUGGUCUGCAACUUAAAGGACGUACUACGUUUUACACCCAACGAUGGCUAUUUAGCUCCAGAUGGCGGACAAACCGAAAUUGAAAUCGGACUGCAUACGAACUUUCAAUAUCCAACAGGAAAUGUUUUUAUAAUGGUUUACAUGGAAAAUGAAAGGAUUAUGGUGCCCGUUAAGAUUAUUAAGUAACUUUGGGAAAUUUAUUUUUUAUGUUCAUUUGAUGUUUGAAUUUUAUUCUAUUUUAAUGUAUGUGUAUGUAGUCCUCAUCUUCUUUUUAU